CGCCACCGCCGGGUGGCCUAGUCCCGCGCGCGCUUCCUUCAAACACCCCCGCCCUUCUUGGAGGGCUCAGGGCGGGAAGCUGCAGCGAGCGAGCCGGGCCAAGCGGCCCGGGAGUCCUGAAGCGCCCUGAGCGCUGGACCUCAGGCUAGGAAACCCCGCCCAGCGAGUCCCGACGACGCGGCGCCCGCGAAGCCCACGCGCGACCGGGCGAGGGCGCGGAAGGGCUCGUGCGGCGUGACGCGACUCGCUGCGCAACCCGUGACGCCAUCGCGCCCGCUUUUGAAAGUUGGCGCCCGGGGCCGCCUCCCAUGCUGCCCUGCGCCAACCCCUCCCCUCACCUUUCCUCCCCCGCCCUCUACUAGCCGCCCGGCCGGCCCCCCCACCCGUCCCUUCCCUUAUCAGCACCCGCGGCCCCGGCAGCGCCGACGCAGGCGCACUGCACCGCGCCGCCGCCAUUUUGUGUCCGAGCCCGUGGAGCGAUUAAACCGUGCGCGGAGCUGCUUCUUUAGCGGCAGCGGCGGCGGCGGCAGCUGGUGCGGGUGCGCGGAGCUGGCCCGGGACGCCCAGUGGCCGGAGCGGCGGAGCGGCGGCGGAGCGGGCGCUGCGGGGGGUGUGGCGCGGAGAUUUAUCACAGACCUAGUACCAAAGGACAAGAUGCACUAGUGGACAGAUUGCUGGCCAGGAGCUUGAAAACUGGGCUCUCUUUUUUUUCCCUUCCUCCAACUGACUUUGCAGCCACGGAGAGGGUACAAAGUGGCAUGAUUCCGGGGUACUGGAAGCCACAAGAUAAACAUGACCCAUCUACUUGGAGCUUCACUUGUGCUCAUUGAGGGGGCGGUGAGUUAAGUAAUUUAACUGGACCUUCACCUCUCCAGGCUAACUUUUUCAGAGAGAGACAAACCACAGUACCAAAACUUCAGGGACUGGGGGCUCAAGCCUGGGCCAUACGCAUGACAAAACAGGUGCCUUCUCAGAGAGGGAGAAAGAGAAAUAGAGAGGGAAAGCUACAACAGCACUGCUCUGCCAUCUGAAGUUUACCCUGAUGCUGUGGUGCCCCCAUGCGAUGUUGGGGCUUGGACUUGUGGCCUCGCACAUUGUAUGGUGUGUGCUUUACUAGGAAGGGGAAAUGGAAGGUGAGGCGGUUGAAGCCAUUGCGGAAGAGUCCGAAACUUUCAUUAAAGGAAAGGAGAGAAAGACUUACCAGAGACGCCGGGAAGGUGGCCAGGAAGAGGAUGCUUGCCAUCUACCCCAGAACCAAACUGAUGGGGGUGAGGUGGUCCAGGAUGUCAAUAACAGUGUGCAGAUGGUAAUGAUGGAACAGCUAGAUCCUACGAUUCUUCAGAUGAAGACUGAAGUAAUGGAGGGUGCAGUUGCUCCUGAAGCAGAGGCUGCUGUGGAUGAUACUCAGAUCAUAACUUUGCAGGUGGUAAAUAUGGAAGAACAACCCAUAAACAUAGGAGAGCUUCAGCUUGUUCAAGUACCUGUUCCUGUAACUGUACCUGUUGCUACAACUUCAGUAGAAGAACUUCAGGGGGCUUAUGAGAAUGAAGUGUCUAAAGAGGGGCUUCCAGAAAGUGAACCUAUGAUAUGUCAUACCUUACCUUUGCCUGAAGGAUUUCAAGUGGUGAAAGUGGGGGCCAAUGGUGAGGUAGAAACAUUAGAGCAAGGGGAACUUCCACCUCAGGAAGAUCCUAGUUGGCAAAAAGACCCAGACUAUCAGCCACCAGCCAAAAAAACAAAGAAAACCAAAAAGAGCAAACUGCGUUACACAGAGGAGGGCAAGGAUGUGGAUGUAUCUGUCUAUGAUUUUGAAGAAGAGCAGCAGGAGGGUCUUCUAUCUGAGGUGAAUGCAGAGAAAGUGGUUGGUAAUAUGAAACCUCCAAAACCAACAAAAAUUAAAAAGAAAGGUGUAAAGAAGACAUUCCAGUGUGAGCUUUGCAGUUAUACAUGUCCAAGGCGUUCAAAUUUGGAUCGUCACAUGAAAAGUCACACUGAUGAGAGACCACACAAGUGCCAUCUGUGUGGCAGGGCAUUCAGAACAGUUACCCUCCUGAGGAAUCACCUUAACACACACACAGGUACUCGUCCUCACAAGUGCCCAGACUGUGACAUGGCCUUUGUGACUAGUGGAGAAUUGGUGCGGCAUCGUCGUUACAAACACACCCAUGAGAAGCCAUUUAAGUGUUCCAUGUGCGAUUAUGCCAGUGUAGAAGUCAGCAAGUUAAAACGUCACAUUCGAUCUCAUACUGGAGAACGUCCGUUCCAGUGCAGUUUAUGCAGUUAUGCCAGCAGGGACACAUACAAGCUGAAAAGGCAUAUGAGAACCCAUUCAGGGGAGAAACCUUAUGAAUGUUAUAUUUGUCACGCUCGAUUUACCCAAAGCGGUACCAUGAAGAUGCACAUUCUACAGAAGCACACGGAAAAUGUGGCCAAAUUUCACUGUCCUCACUGUGACACUGUCAUAGCUCGAAAAAGUGAUUUGGGUGUCCACUUACGGAAACAGCAUUCCUAUAUCGAGCAAGGCAAGAAAUGCCGAUACUGCGAUGCUGUAUUUCAUGAGCGCUAUGCCCUCAUCCAGCAUCAGAAGUCACACAAGAAUGAGAAGCGCUUUAAGUGUGACCAGUGUGAUUACGCUUGUAGACAGGAAAGGCAUAUGAUCAUGCACAAAAGAACCCAUACAGGAGAGAAGCCUUAUGCCUGCAGUCACUGCGACAAGACUUUUCGCCAGAAACAGCUCCUUGAUAUGCACUUCAAACGCUAUCAUGACCCCAACUUUGUCCCUGCAGCCUUUGUUUGUUCUAAGUGUGGGAAAACAUUUACACGGCGGAAUACCAUGGCAAGACAUGCUGAUAAUUGUGCUGGUCCAGAUGGUGUUGAAGGGGAAAAUGGAGGAGAAACGAAGAAGAGUAAACGUGGUAGAAAAAGAAAGAUGCGCUCUAAAAAAGAAGACUCCUCUGACAGUGAAGAAAACGCUGAGCCCGAUCUGGAUGACAAUGAGGAUGAGGAGGAGCCUGCUGUGGAAAUUGAACCUGAGCCAGAGCCUCAGCCUGUAACCCCAACCCCACCACCUGCCAAGAAGCGGAGAGGACGCCCCCCUGGCAGAACCAACCAGCCCAAACAGACCCAGCCAACAGCUAUCAUUCAGGUUGAAGAUCAGAAUACAGGUGCAAUUGAGAACAUUAUAGUUGAAGUCAAAAAAGAGCCAGAUGCAGAACCUGCAGGAGAGGAGGAGGAGGCCCAACCAGCUGCAACAGAUGCCCCCAAUGGAGACCUUACGCCUGAGAUGAUCCUCAGCAUGAUGGACCGGUGAUGGUGGGGCCUCGAGUAUCGCCUGGACUACUUUGGGCUGUGUUUAAACGGUCCUUGACUUAAUUUUUCUCCCUUUAUUCUUUUGGCUUUGGGAAAAGCACCAUUUUACACCAUUUUACCAAACAUACUGAGAACUAAAAUUUCAAGGAUGAUGUUAGAAAAAUGUGAUUUUACUAGAACUUGCUGUUUGAUGUUAGCAAAUCAUGGAAUGUUCUGAGUCCCUGAGGGUUUACUGUGAAGUGCUGAGGACAGUGUUGACGCCUAACUGGUUUUCUUUAAUGGAAACAGAGACAUCAGACCCUCUUUCCUACAAUGGUAAACCACUCCAGAAUGGCCACCGGGUUUCCCAGAGUUCUAUGGUCUUCCCAAGAGAGUUUUUAAUUGUAAAUGCAAACUUGGGAAGGACUUAGACUUUUAAACUGGUUUUUGCUUUUGCUUUUCCCUGACUCUCUUUGGAUGGAGUCAGCUGCACACCAGUAGUAUGGCAUGCUACGAUCGAUCGGUUUCUGUCCUAAAGGCUUUGCCUCUUUCUUGGCAAAGUUUCUGGUAUGGUCAAGCUUGUAAAUAACUUUUUUUACAUUUUAAUCUUUUCCAUUAAUUAAGAGGUUAAAAAAAAAGUGCAGUGUAAGAAAACCCAGCAUUUUAAUUACUUGCAAAUUAAGUGACUACAGACUCUGUAGUGUGUAAAUGUUGAUAAAAAAUUGGAUCACAAUCAUGUAGCAGAACAGCACGCAGACUGCUGCCCGCUCGUGACGGCCGCCCAGGUGGAAGAUCGUGAUUUCCAGCCCAUGGAGCCAGCAUUUGAACCUUGUACAAUUAAAUUUCAGUUAUGAUUCCCCAUCACCAUUUUGUUUGCUAUGUUUGUAACUAAAUUUUAUGUUUUACAAAUCCUCUGUUAAGGCAGAAGGAUUAUUAUGAGUGGGUCACAGCAACCCUUAAGAGCUGGGCCAGGAAAUUUACUAGGUCAGUCAUUUAAACUUUGGAUCUUCAAAAAGUAAUAAUAAUGUGAAACAAAACCAACUAAAAAUGAUUCUUGCACAUGAACUGUCACAUGUUUAAAAUGUGUUUUUUAGAGAACCUCAAGUCUUGCUGAUUUCAAACACUUUUUCCUUCUGUGUAUUGCUUUUAAGAGAGCCAUCAGUUAGCUUUCAGACUCUAGGUUGAUGCAUUUUGUACUUAGCUGUACUGUGUGAUAUAUUUUUUUUUGUUUUAUUUUGUUUUGUUUUUUUAGGACGCCAACAUGAGACCUGUAAUAAAAUAUGUAAUGGGGUUUAAAGCUGGGGAGGAGGAUCUACUGCUGUACAGCUAAUAAAUCAUAACAGAUUAACAAGUGCUCCAAA